GCACUUCCAACUUAAGUAGCUGCAUACUCAUCAAUUGGCAGUAUAUGUAUGCAUCGGUUUCCCUUGUAUUUUGGUUGAGAUGCACGAGUGUAACUAAGGUUGAAGGAAGUAGGAUGCAUGUACAUAUAUACGUUGAACAAUUGAGGCAUCAUAACUAGCGGAAAUGGAGUCUUGGGUUUUCAUGGUUGUUUUAGGAAUGGAGGCAUGUUAGGUAAGUGAUUAAACGUUGAUUCCCGAAGCAUUGACGCAAAAAAAAGAGUAAAUCAGUCCAUCGAGGUACACAGUAUCAGACAUCCGGCUAAGACCUGGUGGGAGCUUGGUGAUGCUGUACUAUGAGUUUUCCCCUUUUUCGUCUAGCCUUUUUUUUUUAUCUAUCUACCUAUGUAUCCAGCAGCAUCCCGCUCAAUAUCCUUCGGAGAAAAUGCAACCAUUUCCCGCGUUGCUUUCAUGGGUAGAUAGGGGGGAGCUUGAGAAGGACAACAGAAUGUAUGUACGCGGUAUAAAGAUACUUAUUACUGGUAACCACUUUGUAUUAGGUAACGUACCGCCCUAUAUAUGAAAAAAGGAGAGUCACAAAUCGGUUGCUUUGCAGUUUUGCACAUGCUCAAGAAGAAUAACCAGGAGUGGUUGGACUUGUCAGGCUGGUUUGCCGCUAUGAGCGAUGAAUGAAAGAGUGAAUGAAAAUGGAUUGGCGAAGAACAAGUGAUACAGUAAUGGAGUAAUAGAUACAUAAACAAAGCAACAUGGCAAC